AUGUCGUCGUCUGUUGUUGGUUUUGAUGUUGGCAGUGUGACAAGUUACAUUGGGGCAGCGAAAGGAGGGGGAGUUGAAAUUAUUGCGAAUGAAGUUAGCGAUAGGUGUACCCCGUCAUGUGUUGCAUUUAAUGGUGCGUCCCGAUUUCUCGGCUCAGCGGCCGAACAGCAAAUGGUAACCAAUAUUGCUAACACGGUGACCUCUUUUUCACGUCUAAUUGGGAAAAUGGGAAACGAUCCCAUAGUUAAGAUUGAGAGGGAAUUCGCGUUCUAUCAAAUCGUUUGCGGAUGUGAUGGCAGGGCAGCAAUUCAAGUACAAAUUAAUGGGAAUUCAGUUGUGCUGCUUCCCGAACAGGUUCUUGCAAUGCACCUCCACAAACUUGCUGAGAUAGCUGAAGCGAACCUUGGCACAAAAAUUGUCGAUGUGGUGUUGAGUGCUCCGUCCUACUUUACCGAUCGGGAGCGGCGUGCACUUCUUGAUGCAUCAAGAAUAGCAGGCUUGAAUUGUAUGCGAAUAGUUAGUGAAACUACAGCUAUUGGUAUCGCGUACGGUCUUACCAAAAAAGAUCUGCCUAGUGUAGAUCAACCGCCACGGAAUGUUGCUUUCGUUAGCUUGGGAAAUUCAAGCUUACAAAUUGCAGUUAUUUCCUUCAACGCUGGUAAAAUGAAGGUUGUUUCUGCCGCUUGCGAUCCCUGCCUCGGUGGUAGAGAUUUCGACAUGUGCAUCUUUAACCACGUCGCUAAAGAAAUAGAAGAAAAGUACAACCUUAAAGUCUUGCACAACAAAAAAGCGAGCUUAAGACUACUGAAAAGUUGUGAGCGUUUGAAGAAGGUUAUGAGCACAAACUCGACAAAAAUUCCAAUCAAUGUAGAGUGCCUUAUGGACGAUACCGAUAUUUCUUCGAGUAUGAAUCGCGAGUUUUUCGAGUCCCUUUGUGUGCCAUUGCUAGUUAGAAUUAAAGCUACUAUGGAGAAGGCACUCGCGCAAUCAAAUCUCAAACCUGGAGAGCUCCAUUCGGUUGAACUUGUGGGUGGUGGCACCCGCAUCCCUGCCGUAAAGAAGCUGGUAAAAGAUGUUUUUGGGAUGGACGGCAGUACUACUCUAAACGCAGACGAAGCUGUUGCACGUGGUUGCGCACUUCAGGCAGCCAUUUGUUCACCUGCUUUCAAAGUUCGUGAGUUCAGUAUCGUUGAUGCUUGCCCUUACUCAAUUUCACUUCAUUGGAAGCCAACUGACGAGUUACUUGAGUCUGUCAAUGAUGAUGGGGCUGGCGAACUUGCCAAAGGCACGACAACCGAAGUUUUCAAGCAUUUGGCGAACUUUCCUUCCUCGAAGCAACUCAAAUUCUACAGAAAGGGCGAUUUUACGUUAACAGCGUGUUAUUCAAACCCAGAAAGCCUUCACAUUGCCAACCCCUCAAUUGGGACCUUUAAAAUCACUAAUGUGGUCCCGACGCCGCCGGACAGUCUUUGCCAAGUAAGAAUCAAGGCUCGGGUAAACUCCAACGGUAUCUUUACGAUCAGCAAUGCCGUGAUCAUGGACCGGGUAGAAAAAGAGGUUGAUGUUCCGGCUGAAGAUUCGAAGGCAGAGACUACAGCAAGUGCAGUAACAGCUCAAACCAAAAUGGAUGCCGUGAGCGAGGCAUCAGUUGUGAAUGAGCCACCAAAACCACCUGCUGCGGCAGUUGCACCUACAACCGAUACUGGAGCCGAACAGUUGCCGGCCAAACAAAAAAAGGUUGUUCUUCGACCUCGCGAUAUUCCAGUUGAGGCUACAACAUCUCAUUUGUCUCAUGAACAGCUACUCGAGUUUACAGAUUUCCAAGCUAAACUAAAUCAACACGAUAAAAUCGAACGUGAACGUCUACAUUUGAAGAACGCCCUGGAAGCUUACGUGUAUGAAAUGCGCGACAAAUUGGAGACGUGUCUCCUGCAACACACGACCGUGGCCGAACGGGAUUCCUUUAAGGAAUUACUCAACGAGACAGAAGACUGGAUCUAUGGUGAAGGCGAAGAUGCAAAGAAAUCAGUUAUUUCAAAUCGCCUCGACACACUAAAACAAACAGGCGACCGUUUUUGUAUCCGGUUCUCUGAAUUUGAGAGUCGACCUCUUGCUAUCCGCGCGCUCUCAAAUGCUUGCGAGAACAUCCAGAGGGUUGUGGAAAGCUAUUCUUCUGGUGAUUCGAAUUACGACCACCUGUGCAAGGAGGAUAUGACCAAAGUGGAGAAUGCUCUACGUGCAAAACAACAAUACCUCCAAACUUUCCUUGAAACUGUUGGAAAACUGCAACCGACUUCGGACCCUUCAGUCUUUUCAGCGGAUCUUUAUAACGCUAAAAACGAACUGGAUAGGAUCUGCAAUCCAAUAAUUUCAAGGCCUAAGCCCGCUCCACCACCGCCACCCCCAGCAGCUGCCUCCACGGAAAAUUGUGGCACGAAAAAUGAGGAAACAAAUAAAGGCCAUGUGGACGACACAACUCCCAACUCUUCAGCAAAGUCCGCCACCGAUCUCCCCAAUGAUUGCAAGGAGCCAAAAGCACCAGCUGCUGGUGAGGACAUGGACGUCGACUAG